UUCCCUCAUCCCUUCUCCCAGAUUCAUUCAAUUUGGCCAUCAUUUGAGCCAUCAUUGACAUCAUGCUCUCGUACUUCUGGUCCAGGUUUUUAAUGGCCUUCUCCGUGCCUUCCUGCCUAUACUCUAUCGCCCUGACCGCCUGUUCCAAUCCAUCGUUUUUGUUAGCAAACGUCCUCACAACACUCCCUAGCUCAGUCAGGUCCUUCCUUAUCAGCUCCUCCUGUGCUUUCGUCAUCCCAAUGGCUCGUAGUUAGCUCUGAUACCACUGUAAUGGUACCAGACUUGAGCUAAUUAGGAAUGUUGGCUCUCGGAAUUGAAAUCACAAUCAGACGCAAAUGAAAUUAAUUCAAACACAAAACGAGCUAAGAAUGGAGCUCAGUAAUGGCUUUUAGUAAUCUGUAAAAGAAUACAGAAAUGGCGGGAACAAUAAGAAGGUGAAAGAGAAUGAAGGAAAUUUUAAGAAGGAAAAAGCAGAAUGAGAUUUGAUGCUCACUUCUGUUGAAUUACAAGACAAAAUUGCUGCCUGCUACGUUCCCUUAAUUCCCUAUUUAUAACUAUCAAUCUAUAACUAACAUCUGGUCCUCCAAUCGCAUUUGUCCAAGUGGCCAAGUGGCCAAGUGGCUGUGAAUUUGGUUACACGAAACUGCAAGUUGUUGCAGAACUUCAAUGGCUUCCUUCGCGUGGUUGCAGAGUUGGUUUCCAGUAAAGGCGUGGUCCUUGAUUCACGCCUUGGUUUCUUUCUUCUUCCUAGAUCACGCCUUCUUCUUUGCUAUCUUCACGCUUCCAUUUAUUACUUGAUUUGCUUGUCAGCUGCUCCAUGACAGAUUGUUGGUAUAAUUAGUGAAAAGGGCGCAUUUGAAGUCCUAAUCCAUGAAGAAGGAAAGUAUAGGUGGCUGAUAUAAAGAGGAUGAAUGGCUUGGUGUCAGAUCUCCAAAUGUUUGCUCUAAAGACGCUUCAAAUACCAUUACCAGGAAGGCAUCCUCCAUCACCCAGCUUAUCAAAAGUUUUGGAUACUCAAGGGCCACGUGGCUGUGAGAAGACUCAACCCACCCGCAGGCACUCUGAUUUAUUUGACUCAUUUCAGUCACUGAAGUUGACGCCUUCUCCUCAGCGGAAGGUCUCUCCAGCCAUGAGCAGUUUACAAGGUUAUUAUGGUCUUAAACCAGCAGAGGAGAAAUCUGCAUCAGAAGGCUUUGAAAUGGCUGUGUAUCGGAAAGGUGGAGCUCACUAUUUAGAGGAUGGGCCAUUUGCCAGGCCUUCCAGUAAUCUGAACCCACCACUGAGUCAUCAUAGAAAAUCUAAAAGUGAAGCUAAUGGUUUUGCUACAGAAAAUGGUCACCUAGAUGAUCAUCUGUCUGCUCAAGAAAGUACCGAUAGUGACUCGGAUAAUUGGAUUGAAAAGCUUCUAGUGCGAAGGCGUCAGAAAUCUGAGGCUGAUUUUAGUUCUCGUACUCCAGAGAAGCUGCUGAAGGAGGAUAAUAGCGGUGGUAGUGGCUUUUCAGCAAUUACUGGUAAAGGCUUGGCUUUGAGACCCAAGUCAACUAGUCGAACUCUACCUGGGGCUGAAGCUGAAGCAGGCUUGCCAAACCCUAUUCCUAUAGGUUUGGGGGAAUCUUUUGUAAUUGACAGUCUUAGUAGCGUGAGGAAAUCAUCAAGUACAUCAAGUUUGCAAGAUUCAGAGAAUGGCACUUUGUCAUCCCUAUGGCCUACAACAAAGUGGAGCUUGAAGCCAGAUCUGCAGGCCCUUUCCUCUGCAGUGAUUACGAGACCAAUCUUUGACGGUUUACCUAAGCCCAUAACUGGUCGUAGAAACAAAGCUGCACUUGAUUAGUACAAUUCCUUGAGAUGAUUGAUUGGUUUAUUAUCUUUCGUAUUUUAACGAGGCAUCCACAGUUGGACACGGAGGAAUGGGGCAGAAAAACAGAGAAAGCAAUAUUUG